AUGGACUUCAGCACUUCGCGUCGAACUUCAACGACGCGCAGCACCACCAGCUCUGUCGACAUUGUUAUCCCAAGAUCUCGAACUUCCCAAAACAACAUAUUACUACCAACCAAAAGAUCCUCACCUCGCACAAAUGGCGUUACAAGCAAACCUCCUGCGACCGGCGCAACCUCCCGCAGCGCAACAUCCCGUAGCACCACCUCUCCCAGCGCCGCCCUGAACGACGACACCAGCAACAAUGCCACCACCGACCCCUUCGACCCCUACACCUACACCCCCCACACCUCCCUCCCGCCCAUAACUCCGCGCCCCUCCUCCCAACCCCCCAUCGACGCGACCGUCACCAUCCUCGACCGCACCAUCCCGAGCAACGGCAUGCCGCUCUACCGCCUGCAUAUCCGGUCCUCGUCUCCUGGGGCCAGUGAAGUGGAGCUGCUGGUCCCGUUGACGCGGAUCGGGGGAUUCGUGUCAUCGGCGCAGUUGGAGGAGUUUGAGAAUGGGAUAUUUAGACGGGAGGGGGUUAAGGCGGUGGAGAGGGAGCGAGAGGCAUUGAAUGGCGCAGCCAUGCGACGACUGGCGCAUAAGAACGGGGCGCUGGAGCGGGAGGGGGAAGAGAGGGGCGUGAAGCGGAAGAGGGGGCCGGGGAGGCCGCCGAAGAAGAGCUAUUUGGUUCAGGCGGAGAGUACGGAGGAGAGCAAGAGCACGUCUAGGACCAGUAGCUCUGUGGCUGCGGAAGUUCCGCGGAGGACGGCAUAUGUAGAGGUGUCAGUCACGCCGUCAUCGAGGGAUGCGACAACGCAAAGAAGCGAGGAGGAUACGGUCAAGGCGCAGCGGACCAAAGAGGGCAUUAUCGAGGCACAGCAAUAUGCGCCGCGUUCUCCGCAGCCACUGAAGGCGGCCGACCCGGUGCAGCGGUCUGGACCGAGCUCUCCGCCGCAACCUGAGUUGGACGGUCACAUGCACGAUGAUGUGGAGAUACGAGAUAUAGGAGUCAAGAGCAGUUUCAAUGGUGAAGUGGACGACAUAGAGGAUGAAGACGAAGAUGAGCUCGCGCUGCCUGCUACCCUAUCGAACCGUUAUCCCUCCGCUCCCAGCCCGCGCAUUUCAUUCUAUCCAUCGCGCUCAUCCCGUUUGUCACCUACUUCACGUCCUCCAAGGAGCUCAUUCAAGACCGAGAUUUCCGAGACAUCAGACGAAGACGAAAUCGAAGAUGACGAGAUCCAAAAUGCAAACUCCAUCACCAGACCCUCGCAGCAACUCCGUCAAGAGAACAACUCCGCACGCCUGCCCAUCCGUGCAUCUGCCCCCGAUAUCCCAGUGGCGAACAGGACUGGCUGCCCGCAGCACCCACAGCGCCGAAGAACUGGAUGUAAAAUCUGCCAUCCAACAGCGAAAUUUGAGACAUGGAGACAGCAGCUCGAGAAGAUUAAGGCUCCGCCUACUCGAUUGCCUGCUGAGAGAGGCACCGGCGCGAAGCUCAAGAGCGGGGCAACAAAAGAGAAAAAUAAGAACACGCAAGGUUCAAGGACCUCGCUGUCGAAGCCAGCACCCGGCUCAAACCAAGUCUCGCAGCCGCGUUCUCUUUCAAUCCCAGCCGCGGCAAACGCCGCCUCUCCGCGGUCACGUGCCGUCUCCGGUUCUACCGACCGCUCUCCCGCUCAAACGUCCUCCCCCAACAACCCCGACAACAUCCUCGACGAAGGAGAAGACAUAUCCGAAGGCGAGUACGAGAUCGAGGCCAUCCUUUCAGACAAGCUGAUUGCCGGCGAGCGGUCCUAUUUCGUCAAGUGGCUCGGAUACGACUAUGCGUCUGGCAGCUGGAUGAGGGAGAGUGACUUGACGGACGCGGAGGAGCUGGUUGCCGAGUAUUUGAGACGGAAGAGAGAGGCGGGUGUUGAGAGCGUGGGAGAUGAUGAGGAUGACGAUGAGGAGAUGGGUGAAGAGUCGGAGGAGGAGUAG